UGCUUGUUCCCUUAGAAUCAAAACACAAUCGUUUAAAAUAUAUAUGCAUUUACAUGUGUGUAUGUAUAUGUGCAUAUAGUUUUUGUUGAGGUAGGAGAGAAGAGACAGGGCGGGCCCCGGUCGAUAAAGGGAAAUCACUGUACAGACCUGCUCAGUAUCUAGAGGUGAACUUUGGAACCACAUUCAAUCAAGGUAGAGAGGAGCGGUGACAAACAGCUCUGUAGUGAGGGGUUUUAGGAAAGCGCGGAGUGGGAUCGGCGACCAAUACCCAGGACAGACCGUCGUGCUGUCAGGAAGAUGGAAAAGAUGCUGGUUAUUCCGAAGAAUCAUCCCUGACUGCAUCUUUACCCUGAGUUCUGACCAAUUCCCAGUAGAAACACUACUCAAGGGAGAGCGAGUCCUUCGAGAAAAAUUCCAUGGGGACUGUACCUGACCCUCUGAGAUCCACAAAAGUUUCCCUGACUGCAGCUGCUGGAAAGGAAGAGGCUGGAGAGCUGCAGGCUGCCUCAGCCCAGCACCAACAGACUCACCUGGCUAAAGGCACCAAUGGCCUUGAAGGCUCCUCCACGGAAUCCAGCCUCCAUCCCAGAGCAGCUGCCAGGGCUCUGAUGCAGGCUUUUGAGCAUGACACCUCCCAGCCAGACAUGUCUUCUCCUGGUGUCUUUAAUGAGGUAGACAAGGCAUCUCCCACACACAACUCUCCUGGUGAUUCCCAACUGUCAGGAAGCAGUGAGCCCAUAGCACCAGCCCCAAGUCCUAUAGGUGGAAAAGAUCUGAUACACACACCACUGACAAUGCCAGCCCACCAACACACUCACCAGGCCACCCCAGGUCAUCAACCCAGUGCACCUGAAGAACCCUUGGUAACAUCACAGAAAACCCCAAAUGGAGAACAACUUGAGAGGUCAAGCUGUCCUGUACUGGGAACCAGUGGCUGCAGCAAAGGAGGGCUCUGUGGUUUUUCUUCUGAAGAAAUCAUACAGGGAAUGGCACAGACUCCAAGUUCCAUAGCCAUGGGGUUUAGUCCUUCAUCCUCUCCUGCAGGUGGACAAGAAGACAAAGGACAGCAAGCCUUCUGUGACUCCACGGCAAGGACCUGUGCACCCCCAGCAAGAGAAGAUGGAUGUUCAGAAAACAAAGAGCCCCCUGCCACUGCCCCCUCAGACAGCCAAGGUAUGACAUCUGUGACAUCUUAUCUACCCCACCUCACUAGCAAAGGUUUGACAUGUCCUCCAGAUCCAAAGAAGCAGCCAUUGCCAGCAUAUGAGUUGUCAAAGUUCAAAGAAGCCAGCACGAUGACCAGCCAAGUAGAAAGUGAGAUUAAGGCAGUCCCCAGCAGGGGCCAGCAGGAUGCAGAGGUGCAGGCAGUGGCGAGUGUUGAGAGCAGAUCUGUCUCCACCAGCCCCAGCAUCCUUACUGCAUUCUUAAAGGAAGUUCCUGCCCCUGAGCUUUUGGAACAAGAGCAACUCCAUGUCAUUUGCCAUGGCAGCGGCAAUAGGAGCCAUGUGUUCGAGCUCUCUAACAGCGUGUCAGCACUCCAGGAACCAGAUCAGUGCCCUGGCACUAUGCCACAGGUGCACAUCCCGGAAGCUGAGGCUGUUUCUGCAUCUGUCCAAGGGGAACAUAAACCAAUGACCCUACCUGAGGAAGUUCUUAAAACUACAUCAAUCAACAUGGCCUGCAGCCACGCCCAGGAUAUGUGUAAAGAGGAUGGGAAGUCAGCAGGAAUGACCCUAGCCAGGGAAGAACCAGACUCUAGACAACUUUCAGGUACUGAUUCUGGCUCCCUGAAAUCUAACCCCAUAGACCAGGUUUCCAGCAUCGCAAGCAGUGAAGCUGAAAGUAGUUAUGGUUUGGAAAAAUUUGAAACCAAGCUUUCUGAGUUGGUAGUGAAAACUACAAAUGAUCACAAAAUAGGCAUAAAUUGCAAACAGUCUGACUCACGCACCAGUAAAGAUGACCAGUCCAGGCGUUUGGAACCCACUAAUAAAGGAGGUUCAAAGGAGAGGAAGUCUGAAUCUCCUCAGAUAGUAAAACAGCAAGAGCCUGUCGGCACCAGUGCUGUGGAUGCCAAGACACUACUGCUUAAUCCUAAAUCCCAAGAAAAUGGAGACACGGGACCCACGCCCUCCCCACUGAAGAAGAAUCAGGAGGGCAUCUCAGAAGACCACAGGCAGACCAAGACAGCAACGAGCCUGAGCCUGCCGUCCGAUUCCAUGGGGGACUCCAGCCCAGGCUCUGGCAAGAGGACCCCUUCUCGUUCGGUCAAAGCCAGCCCACGCCGGGCCAGCCGGGUCAGCGAGUUCCUCAAAGAGCAAAAGCUUAAUGUGACAGCGGCUGCUGCUCAAGUGGGGCUCACGCCAGGAGAAAAGAAAAAGCAGCUGAGCUCAGACUCCAAGCUGAAACAGUCCAAGCGCGUCAGGGACGUGGUGUGGGAUGAGCAGGGCAUGACCUGGGAGGUGUAUGGUGCCUCCCUGGACCCGGAGUCCCUGGGAAUCGCCAUCCAGAACCACUUACAAAGACAAAUUAAGGAACAGGAGAAAUUAAUCAAAACACAAGGCGAUCAGGCCCGGAGAUCGAUUUCCUCAGACACUUCUUCAAAUAAGAAGCUCAAAGGCAGACAGCAGAGUGUUUUCCAGUCCAUGCUGCGGAACUUUCGUCGCCCCAACUGCUGUGUCCGUCCUGCUCCUUCUGCAGUGUUAGAUUGAAGGGGAGCCCGAGGAUGCGUCUGCGGUGUUCAUGUGUGUCCAGCCAUGCAAAGCUUACUUAGCUUCCCUCUGAGAGGCCAGGAAGGAAGAGCAAGUGUUACCCAUAACGACUUGCUUUAAAAAUUGUUGUGCCCUUCUACUGAAGGUCUAUAAAUUAAAAUGCCAUCUCAAUCUAAAAGAGCAAGAGAAGAAAAGCAAGCUUCACUGAAGGUUUUCAACCUUAAUUAAGUGAAAAUAAUAUUCAGGGGGCUGUAAAAAAUAUAUCAUGUUGCUUAUAGAAAUAACAUUGCCCUUAUACAUGUGUUGGUUUUUACUCCUGCCUCAAUUUAUCACAUGAUGGUACUUCCAUUAAAAAUCUUUGCUUUAUAUUUAAAAAAAAAAAAAAACACUACUCACAAAAUCUUACACUUUGUAGUUCUGUUACAGUAAGAAUGUUGUGACCACACAAAAUUUAAGUAGGUGAUAAGAACCAUAGUGAAAUACAGUUGAAACAAAUUUGAUAUAUUCCUGGCCAGAUGUCAGUAAAUAAAAGUAUUUAAAUGUAUAAAAUACCAAAUAUGAAUUAGCAUUUGUAAAUUUCUGCAGCAACCCUUUUUAUAAACCUUGUUAUACAUGUAAGAAAGUAAUAUUAGGAAAAUUAACUGAACUUUUGAAUAUGAACACAAUCAACAUCAAACAUGGAUUUAUAUGUACACAUGUGCCUGUGCAAAAGGUGAAAUGAUUCUGUGAUUCUGAACAAAUUAAAUUCCUAUUUUCUUACCCCAGAGAAAAUAUAUGGAACUGGAUUCUUGAAAAGAGUCAUAAAAUUAGGCAUAAUAGCCAAUGUUAUAUUAUCCUGAAAUAUUCUACUGAGAAUAUUACCAUUCUGAUAAAAAUAAUAAAUAGCAGAUUACCAAACAGUUUCUUCUGUGUCAAUUAGGCAGACCUCAUGAGUAAUAGAAACAAUAGAUUAAAUCUGAACUCCUGUAAACAGCAUAAAAUUUGUGUUUCUCUUUUGAUUUGGUUCAAUAGCUUUUAGUAACAAAUGUAAUCAACCCCAAAUGGAACACAGGCUUCCUCAGAUGAGACAGAUAUCAUUGAAUUGCAUGUGUCUAUGAUCGGGACUGGAAAGGUAAUUUUUGGAAAUGUAUUGAAAUUAACAGAAACAUUGUCAUACCUCAGCCUUCAUCUGCGGAACAGUUUUAAGAAACCAUACUUGGAGCUUUGAGUGGGCCCAUGUCCCCUGAGAACAUAGACACAGGCAUCUGCUGGAGCUUAGCUUGCCUUAAUCUCCAGACAAGGAGGGUGUCCCAGGGACUGAGGAGUGCCUGCCCAGGCUGGCGACCAACAGCAGCGUGCGGGGUGGAGUACUAGACAAAAGCGGGGUGAGCCAAAGCACUAGAAAGACUUCUCUUUCUGGAGUCAUUGCAGUGAGAUCCCUGGGCUCCAUCUUGCAUGUAAAACACUUAAAUGUUGGCGGUGAAUGAAUUCAUUCCCCCAGUGGGCCAGCCAAGAGGACCUGACCAUGUUUUAUUUGCUUCAGAGACUCAAAUGCCAUUGGUACCAUCAGUUCACGAUGUCUGUUUUGGUUUUUCUUUUUUUCUUCAACUCAAAGAGGGGGGAAAAAGCAUCAUACCUGAACUUUACACCACAAGCUACACUGGGACCAACCCAAAUUAAUAAAAUGGCUUUGAUUUCUUGCAAAGCAAUUUAACUGUAUAUGCAGCCUGCAUAAGUAGACACAGUGACAGCAUUGACAGCAUUCUCACAGCCAGAGAAUGGUAAUUACAGUUGUUAUAUCUGGAACUUAUAAUGAAUUGUAUAAUAAGGCACAUUUUUCAGUUUCUUACUAAUUGGCCUCUAUUAAGAAUGCUAUCUAAAGUAGAAAUUACCAUCAAAUUACCAAUCAAAUUACUAUUAAUGAUUAGAGAUUUGGUUUAAAACUCUCUUUUGGACUGAAGUACCCAUCUUUCUCAGAUGCCUUUAUGAGGACAUAAUCUGUCUUUUCUCUCUCACUCUUGGGCUGUCUCCAGCCUGGCUGACACACAUGCUGUGUACACACACGGUCCACCUUGUGUACACAGGGGCAGCUGUCAACAGGCCCACUCCAGAUGGGCGGGCCCCAGGUAAUCCUCCGCUGUGAAGUAGCUAGAACAGGAUGUUCCUCAUUAAAACAGAGAAGAAAGAAUUCAGCAUCCAGCAAUAAUAUUUAUUGUCAUGAGUUUAAAGUAAUCACCUGAUUUAUAAAUAGUUAUUUGAAUCAGAGGCCUAAAGAGAGUUGUAGGCAUUUACACCACAUUAAGUAAAUCAAAACUACUCAUUUGAUACAGUUGUGCCUCUCAAAUGAAAUCUUCAAGAAAAAAUUCCUUGAUGUUAGUAAGUUUGGUUUUCUUUGGUGCUACAACUAAAUUCUUAACUUCUACAACACCCUAGAAACUGUCACAAAAUAGAACAAAACCUUUCUUGUUGUGUUGUUUAUUGAACCUUACAGAACUAACAGCUUGUAGAAAUAGAUCAUCAAAUGGAUUAAAUAAGAUAGAAACCUAUUUAAGAUACUGUUUUGACAAUAAAUGCUUAUUUGACAUUUUUCUUUCACUUCAGUCUUCGACAGCAUCACAAGUUUAGCACAUUAUGAGUGUUUCUUCCCUUGGGUUCAUUCAGCAAGGAAUUUGCAGAGUCACUUGCCUGGCAGGGCCUAUGAGCUUCCUUAGUUUUUCCUUGCUUUACCUACAUUGCACAUAUUGAGUUGAAAGUCAUUUGGUUUCCCCUAAUAGCUUUUGCAUAUGACUUUGUCCUUUUUAAUGUAUCUUUGUUUCUAAAAUAUAUGUAAGAAAUACUUUAUUAAAUCAAGAUAUAGAAAGAAAUACUUUAUUAAAUCAAGAUAUAGUUCUUAACCCAAUAAUAAAAGUAGUGAGACUUCAAUAUAUGGGGAGAUCGCUCAACAUUUACAAUGUGAAGGUGUUAUGCCACUUACCAAGUAAAUAUCAGAAAUUUUUAAAUAUCCAUUAUUCUAUUUUCAGGACCACAAAAAAUACUAUAGUUUCAGCUACCAUGUGUUUAUCUUGAAUGCUUUUCUAAUUUUGUCAUUUUGGAUUAGGUCUUGAUGCCAUAGACCAGCUACCUUGCAUAUGGUAAAAUCCUGAUUAUACCUAAACUGAAGAUUUUAACUCAAGGUUAACCAUAAAUCUUUUUAUUUGUGUCUAAAGUGAAUUAUUUAUGAAGUAUGUUAAUAUAUUUUUCUACCAUGAUAAGUUCAGCAAUAUUAAAUGUAAUUUGGUCUUGGUUAAUGUUUUAACCUUUGUUAUCAUCUGAUAUUUGUUAUUUUUGGAUAACAGUAUAGGUUAAACAUCAAAAUUCAAAUAAAUUGGACUGAGUCUACAGGUUAUAUGUCAAACAUAUAACCUAAAGGUUGAAUUUUGAAACCAAAUUCUUAACAGGAUCCUGAUGUCUUAAAUUAGUAAGAAGAGAAAAUUUAUGCCAGGUGUAAUGGCGCACUCCUAUAAUCCCAGCACUUGGGAGGCUGAGGCAGGCAGAUUGUGACAAGUUCAAAACCAGCCUGGGCUACAAAGUGAGCCUAAGGCCAAUCAGAACUGCAAAGCAAGACCCUGUCUUAAAAAAAAAAAAAAAAAGAAAAGAAAGAAAGAAAAAAAAGAGAAAGUAUCCCAGAUUAUUGAGGUUUUACUAUCCCCAGUUUAUUCUAAUGUUAUUCCUUUCAUUUUAGAGAAUCCCCAUCAUUCUGGGAAUAGUUGUAUAUACCACGCAAAGAAUAAAAAACGUUAUGACUUUAAAAUUUCAUUACAGGAUAUAUAUAAGUAUAUAUAAGUAUACUGCUGACAUAAAUUAUCUGGCCUUUGCUAUAUUCACUCAUACCGUUUGCUGCCAAAAUGUGAGAAACUAUUGUCUUCUCUUCCUCCUAUAUAUUUUAAAGUGUUAAAAAAAAAGUUGUCUGCUCCUAUUACCACAUAAUUCACCAUAUCCCUUGCCUACUUUUUUCAGAAUCAGCAUAAAAAAAACAAUACAGUAGGAUAAGGUUUGCAUAUAUGUACAUGUGUUUUUAUUGCAAAACUGGGCACUUUGUAACCUUGUGUAGACUUCUACCUGACUGAUUUACUAAUUAUCUACAAUGCUGCCAUGGAGAUGCGGCUGUUUACUCUCUCCUGCUUUGUCCUAUGUGGUGUUUGAGAAAUGAAGCCUGUGAAUUUCCCUCUGUGAUAAGAGCACAGUGAACUCGGAGCUGACCACCUCGUCCCCACCCCGGUUUGUAUACACAGUGAAUCAGUCUUGUCCAUGUCCGCUUCAGUGUUUGCCAUUCCACAUUUAUAGCCGAGCAUUUUGUUUUCUGUGGUGAGCAGUGUUCCUUGUCAUAUGUGACCCUUUCGGCUGACUCUCCAAAUGCAGGUCAGCUGCUGCCGCCCAGCAAAUAACAGGCAAUUUACUGAAUCUCUCACCCAUCCUUGUAACUCUAUCCUUCUUAAUGAAAUUCUGCAACUGACUGAGUAAUUAUAAAUGUCAUCUGUGCAGACACGCGUGGUUAAGAAUGACUGCACAAUUUUGGACAUCCUUUUUUUUAUUUUUUAUUUUUUGCAAAAGGAGAAAAACAGUCUUAUUAAUACUGAAACAGACCUCCAUGGACAUUAUUGUACUCUCAGAAAAAAAAAAAAAAACUUCUCCUUGGCUACAGAAAUAAAAUAGAUUUGGUUUACAAUGACCAAGGAUGUAAAUGAAGAUGAAUUGAGAUGGAAAAAUUCUGUUUCAUAAGUAAUCAGUGGCAUCUGCCAGAAGUCAUUACAGCUACUUUAACUGUGAACACUCACCAGCUAAACUACUCACUUGCCACAACCAAAUAACCUCUCUCAAAGUAAAUCCAGUACAUCUGUACAUAUAGGUAGAUGGAAACAAACAAAAUCCUGAAACAUAACUUUUGGCUGUUAGAAAAAUUAAGGUGACAAUAAUUAUGAAGGACACUGAAAUAACCAUGAGACUUGGUGAAAUGACGGUGGGGGCCAGAAUGGUGCAACGAGAUAUUAUUUACAGCUUUUUAAAGAUCCAGAUAUCUCAGACAUUAAUCAUGAGAAUAAAGACUGUUGAAUAUGAAAUUAAAGCCAAGCAAUAAUGUGCCAAAAACAAGGCCGAUAUACCAGCAAGUGCAUCUAACAGGCACACCAUUAUAUAAUUGUGGUUUGCUCUGUGAAGACUGACUACAACCCAGAGGAUAAAAUAAGCAAAGGUAUAAUUUCUGUUUUCUUGUUGGAAGAAAAAAAUGUGUUUAGGAGCUUCGUAAGAAGAAGCAAUAGUGGUGAGCAUAAGCAGAGACACAGGUAAAAUCUCUGCUUUCAUGCUAACCAGGAAAGAAGAGAGCCACUAAAACCUUUGCUAUCUUAAAAGUCAAGAAAGCUUCAGCAGAAAUUUUGUUGAGUAAAGGGGUUAAGCUUAUAGUAAUUACUCUUCCUGGACGCUAACAUAUUACAAAGCAAUUCACCUAACUCUGCCCAGAGGAUUCCCAACCUUGGCUACAAAAAAACAGGCUUCCAACUGUAAAAUUAUGAAAACUCAAGAAAUUGUAUCAAAAGGGGCCUCAUUGCCUUACAGAAAAUGAUGCUCCAGGUGGUCAUUUCUAAAUACCAGUUCUUCAUCAAGCAUCUUUCUGGGUUCAAGCUCAAAAUUAAUUGGCUGAAAAAUAGUAGAAAUUAGAAUCCCAUAUUUUACACUUCAGGGAGAGAUACUUACCAUCAACCAGUACGAUGAUAAUUAUGAGAUACAAUAGUAAUGAAAAUGUGUUAGGGAGCGAUAAUGGAAGAGACUCACAUUCUUCUUGUUCUCUUAAAUGUGAAGCUGUCAUCAAUUUGUCUCUGGAGAAAAGUAUAACUUACUUUUUUAAACAUUGCUGCUAGUAUUACUACUCUUUGUUACUUUAAAAAUUAAAUUCUCUUUUUUAGAAAAUAAAUGUUAGCACUUAAGCAAUUUCUGAUUCAAAUCAUUGCUCUCAAUAACAUGUUAAAGCUCUAUGUAAAGAAAACUAUUGAAUGAGUAGAAAGUCAUCCUUAAUGACUUUAGAUUUCUUAGUACUUUGGACCGCAUUUUUGAGUAAACACUUUUUCUACCUGUCUUAAAAUGAAGCAGGUGAAUCGGAAGAUUACAGUAUUAUAGACCUACCCUUUAACCCCUGGAGGAGAGAAGAGACCAAUUCUUAGUUUAAGGGCAUCCAGAGAUAUGUUUUGAAAGUUGAGAAAGUUCUAGAUGGCCUGAAAUUCAAGAAAAACAUGUACUAGCAAUUGUUAAACUUCUAACUGUAUUUAUCUCUGCUGUACUAAAGUGUGAGCAAUAUUACGUUGUGCAUAAUACUGUAGUUGGUUGUGGUAUGUCAGUAAAUUAUGUAAGUGUGUACAGUCUGUGAGUAAUCAAUUUGCUAUUUUUAUGUGUAGAAAAAUAACAUGCUGUAUCUCAUUUAAAGGCCAAUUCCCAUCAUCCAGUAGGCACAUGUACAAAAGUGAAUAAAGCCAACAAAAGUGUGCAUGUGUA